GAAUCAUUGUACAGUAUAUAAGAGAACCAGUAUCACUUGUGAGCGGACCGUCCUUCUGACAAGACUGGUAUUAAGUGUUGUUUUUCCUCAAAAUGGAUUUCGCUAUACUACUAUGUGCUGCCUUGUACAUCGUUCAUUUAACGGAAUCUGUUGAAGCUGAAAAAAAAUGUAAAGUUCCGAACGGUGAUGCCGGUAACUGUGUCAGUAUAAAUAUAUGCCCACCACUGAAAAGCCUCUAUAAGAAGAAACAUAAAACAGUCAAUGAAAACAGAUUUAUAAGACAAUCUAUAUGUGGUUCCCGAGACUCCGAUCCAAUAAAGAUCUGCUGUCCACCACAGUCUUCGUGGGUAGAGUUCGUCCCCACGCCGGUGGUAGUUCCACCAUCACCAGUGUAUAGACGACCUAAACCAGAACCGACCUUGUUACAACCCAAUACACUCAUGAUACCGUCAUUCAACAGCACCGACAGACAAACAGACAAACCGAUGAGACCAAAACCUGACCUGCAAGAUUACAGCAGUGUGUGCGGCAUAGACUCAUCCAGUGGGAAUAGAAUUACAAAUGGCAACGAAACCGCUGUGGACCAGUAUCCUUGGUUGGCUUUAUUGGAAUAUUCAAACGGCUUCCUCGGCUGCGGCGGGAGCUUGAUCAGCUCCAGAUACGUUCUUACAGCUGCACACUGUCUUAAAAGCUUACAAAACGGAGAGCCAUUAUAUGUCCGUCUGGGGGAGUACAACAUCACUUCCUUCCCCACGGACAUCGUUGAAAUAGACGGCGGUGGUUUUGAAGUUGUCACAGUAACAGUCAUAGCCAUUAGGGCUAUGUAUACACAUCCGUUGUAUCAUAGAGACCUGAGACUACACGAUAUAGGUCUUAUUGAAAUGGAAGAAGCAGCAAAUUUCAGCGAUUUCAUCAAAGUAAUAUGUCUUCCCCAAAUGGAUUACAUGCCAAUCUUCAACAGCUCAACCAUAUUCUACGUAGCUGGCUGGGGCAGUGACAAUUUUAGUUCUGGCACUGAGGUCAAGAUGGAGACCAGCGUCCCAUACAAACUCCACAGUCAGUGCCCGUUGGUGAUGGAACCGUAUCCGAUUCACCAGAUAUGUGCUGGCGGGGAAGGUGGAAGGGACACGUGCAGCGGGGACUCAGGUGGUCCAUUGAUGUAUGAGACUCCGAGCCACAGAUACGAAGCUGUAGGGAUCGUGAGUUACGGCUCCAGGGAUUGUGGUAAAGAAGGGGAACCGGCUGUUUACACUUACGUAUACAAUUACCUGCCCUGGAUAAGGAAUAUUCUCAGCGGUAAUGUGGACCAAUGAGCUAAAUAAUAUAAUAUAACAUAAGGUUA